CACACUAUAGUUGCGGGACCUGAGGGCUGCCGCCGCCGGUGUGCAGUGUUCUGUGGUGCGCGCUGGUGCAGAGUGUUGCCGUAGGGGCGAGCAACUGUGAAGCGGGCGUGCUAAUUGAUAUGUUCUGUCUUCUGCUGCCUUUUCCCCGCUGUUAGACGCUCGCCAUGGUCGGUUUCGUCGCUUGUGGGCCCAACGAAGCUCUUGUCGUGUCUGGGUGCUGCCAUGCCCACCCACUGUUGGUUCCUGGGGGCAGGGUCUUUGUUUGGCCCAUUAUCCAGAGAGUGCAAAAGAUAAGCCUGAAUACUAUGACAUUGACCAUCGAAAGCCCCAAGGUAUACACACAACAGGGUGUUCCUAUAUCAGUCACAGGCAUAGCGCAGGUAAAGAUUCAGGGCCAAAAUGUGGAGAUGCUGCGAGCAGCAUGUGAGCAAUUCUUGGGCAAGAAGGAUGAGGAGGUUAUGCACAUUGCACGUGAGACCCUUGAGGGGCAUCAGCGUGCUAUCAUGGGCACCAUGAGUGUUGAGGAGAUCUACAAAGACCGCAAGAAGUUCUCCAAGCAGGUGUUUGAGGUGGCCUCAUCCGACCUCGUCAACAUGGGCAUCACAGUGGUAUCCUACACCAUCAAGGACAUCAGCGAUGACGAGGGCUAUUUGAGGGCAUUGGGUAUGGCCAGAACGGCGGAGGUCAAGCGAGACGCCCGCAUUGGAGAAGCCGAAGCGCAGAGGGACUCUCAAAUCAAG